GUCUGGUGUUGAUGAAGAAAUGAAGAUUGCAGUAAAACUCCUGCUGAAUCUCAGUGUUGCUGCAGUUGAAAAUGACACAGUUACAGGAACAAGAUUCUCUACAUUGCUGUCAUCUGUGUGCAGUUACAAAACCUUCCCUUUUGAUCAAGAGUGGGAUGAUAAUGACAAUGUUUAUCAGAGUGAUUUCCUGCUAGAUCUUUACUCACAUGUGAAGAACUAUGAGACUCAAACAGGCAGGAGUUUCCUUCCAGCAUUACAGUCAGUUUUCCAGUCACCUGAUGUCUGGAUCAUAGAUCUCUCACAGAGAAAGACCUCCAUCCUCCUGGAAGUGCUGAAACUCCAAACAGAGAAGAAACCAGUAGAUCUGAGAGGAUGUUCAGAGGAAGAGAGUGAAAUGAAGAGUUUCCUUCAGUGUCUGCCCUACAUCUCACAGCUGAGAUUCUUUCAUCUGAAUAAAAGUGUUCAAAACAAAUUUCCUCUAAAACUCUUCAUUAAAGCAGCAGAGACUGAGACACAGACAAGAGAGCAGAUGCUGAAACUAUUAACAUCAGUCUGCACCUACAGCUCUUUUCCUUAUGAAUGGACUGACAGAAUUAAACAGAGUGAUUUCCUGCUGGAUCUUUGCUCACAUGUGAAGAACUAUGAGACUCAAACAGGCAGGAGUUUCCUUCCAGCAUUACAGUCAGUUUUUCAGUCACCUGAUGACUGGAUCAUAGAUCUCUCACAGAGAAGGACCUCCAUCCUCCUGGAAGUGCUGAAACUCCAAUCAGAGAAGAAACCAGUAGAGCUGAGAGGAUGUUCAAAGGAAGAGAGUGAAAUGAAGAGUUUCCUUCAGUGUCUGCCCUAUAUCUCACAGCUGAGGAUUCACUAUUGGAAUAUCAGUUAUGAAAAGCAGUUUCUUCUGAGUCUCUUCCUUAAAGCAGCAGAUACUGAGACACAGACAGGAGAGCAGAUGCUGAAACUGUUAACAUCAGUCUGCACCUACAGAUCUUUUCCUUAUAAAGAGACUGACACAAUUAAACAGAGUGAUUUCCUGCUGGAUCUUUACUCACAUGUGAAGAACUAUGAGACUCAAACAGGCAGGAGUUUCCUUCCAGCAUUACAGUCAGUUUUCCAGUCACCUGAUGUCUGGAUCAUAUAUCUCUCACAGAGAAAGACCUCCAUCCUCCUGGAAGUGCUGAAACUCCAAACAGAGAAGAAACCAAUAUAUCUGAGAGGAUGUUCAGAGGAAGAAAGUGAAAUGAUGAGUUUCCUUCAGUGUCUGCCCUACAUCUCAUACCUGAGGAUUCACUAUUGGAAUAUCAGUCAAGAAGAGCAGUUUCUUCUGAAACUCUUCAUUAAAGCAGCAGAGACUGAGACACAGACAGGAGAGCAGAUGCUGAAACUGUUAACAUCAGUCUGUGCCUACAGAUCUUUUCCUUAUGAAGAGACUGACAGAAUUAAACAGAGUGAUUUCCUGCUGGAUCUUUACUCACAUGUGAAGAACUAUGAGACUCAAACAGACAGGAGUUUCCUUCCAGCAUUACAGUCAGUUUUCCAGUCACCUGAUGACUGGAUCAUAGAUCUGUCACAGAGAAAGACCUUCAUCCUCCUGGAAGUGCUGAAACUCCAAACAGUGAAGAAACCAGUAGAGCUGAGAGGAUGUUCAGAGGAAGAGAGUGAAAUGAUGAGUUUCCUUCAGUGUCUGCCUUACAUCUCACAGCUGAGGAUUGACUAUAGGAAUAUCAGUCAUACAGAGCAGUUUCUUCUGAAACUCUUCAUUAAAGCAGCAGAGACUGAGACACAGACAGGAGAGCAGAUGCUGAAACUGUUAACAUCAGUCUGUGCCUACAGAUCUUUUCCUUAUAAAAUCACUGACAUAAUUAAACAGUGUGAUUUCCUGCUGAAUCUUUACUCACAUGUGAAGAACUAUGAGACUCAAUCAGGCAGGAGUUUCCUUCCAGCAUUGCAGUCAGUUUUCCAGUCACUUCAUAUCUGGAUCAUAGAUCUCUCACAGAGAAAGACCUCCAUUCUCCUGGAAGUGCUGAAACUCCAAACACAGAAGAAACCAGUAGAUCUGACAGGAUGUUCAGAGGAAGAGAGUGAAAUGAAGAGUUUCCUUCAGUGUCUGCCCUACAUCUCACAGCUGAGGAUUCACAAUUGGAAUGACAGUCAUGCAGAGCAGUUUGUUCUGAAACUCUUCAUUAAAGCAGCAGAGACUGAGACACAGACAGGAGAGCAGAUGCUGAAACUGUUAACAUCAGUCUGCACCUAUAGAUCUUUUCUUUAUGAAGAGACUGACAGAAUUAAACAGAGUGAUUUCCUGCUGGAUCUUUACUCGCAUGUGAAGAACUAUGAGACUCAAACAGGCAGGAGUUUCCUUCCAGCAUUACAGUCAGUUUUCCAGUCACCUGAUGUCUGGAUCAUAGAUCUCUCACAGAGAAAGACCUCCGUCCUCCUGGAAGUGCUGAAACUCCAAACAGAGAAGAAACCAGUAGAGCUGAGAGGAUGUUCAGAGGAAGAGAGUGAAAUGAUGAGUUUUCUUCAGUGUCUGCCCUACAUCUCACAGCUGAGAUCAUCUAAAGAGAGUCUCCAGAAGCUGGUUGAAUGUGUCUAUGAAGCUCAGGAAGAGGAACUGACUCAGUACUUCUUGCAGAAAGUAGGCGGAGAUCUGACUUCCUGUUCAGUGAGCUGGGAAGAGCUUCACUAUUUCCUGCAGCACAGAAUUCAACAAAUCGCUGUGAAUUUCAGAAAGAGCAACACUCAAUGCAAAGUCAGAGAAAUUCUGCCUUUUCUGAACAGGAUUCAGUUUAAACGGAUGAGCUCCAGCUUCAUGCUGUCUGUCAUCAGAGAGAUCUAUGAGAGCGGCUCUGGUGGAUUUGUGUCCAGUCUGUUGAGUUCAGUGAAGAACUACAUCAACCUGCAGAGCAGAGAGCUGGACUCUGUCCACUGCGCCGCCCUGCGCUUCACACUGCAGCACUGCACUGCAGUUUCACUCAGCCUGCUGUGGACCUCCAUAACAGAGGAAGAGCUGGAGAGCAUUGUGCCUCUCUUCAGACAUGUCUCCAGCCUCAGUGUUGACAGGCGGCUGUUACUGAAGAUGCUUCACUGCUGCAGUGUCUCUGAUGUCCAGCAGGAGGCAGCAGCAGUUCUGCUCUCCGUCCUGCAGCACAAGCUGGACUUCUGCUGCCAUUCUGCUCUGGAUCUGACAACAAACACAGACUCUGAGACUCUACAUCUGACCACUGAGGACUGCCGUGUGAUGAGCACAGUCAUUCAGAGAGCUCACACACACACACAGCUGAUUCUACAGGACUGUGAGAUCAACACAGCUGGAAUGGACCAGCUGUUCCCAGUGUUACAUUCUGUCAAACUCUGCUGUGAUAAAUCUCUGCUGCUUCAGUUUCUGGCUCAUGUGAGGCCUGAGGAAGCUGCGUCUCUUUCUCGAGCUCUGGGUGACGAGGUCGACCUCAGUCAGACUCAUCUGGAGCCGCAGGUCUGUAGAGGUCUGGUGCUGAUUCUGGAAUAUUCUGAAGGACUGACUGAACUGGAUCUGAGUCAGUGUCGUCUCACUGAUCACAGCCUGGAUCUGCUGCUCCCAAACCUCCACAAAGCACAAAACAUUGAUUUUAGUGGCAAUAGCAUCACUGACAUUGGGGCUCAGAGAAUCUACAGUAUCGUCUCUGACAACAGUAACAUAAAGACAGUAAGGCUCUUCAACAACAGAAUUGAAUUCAGACAGCUCUUCCUCACAGACCCACGAUUUGAGAUCUGGUGAAGCCAAUAAACUCUCUCUGGAAUCAACAAGACGGUGAAACAACCAAUGCAGAUCUAGAGAGAUGUUGAGGUAACAGGUGUGAACACUUUUGAAGAAUCCGCCCAUCAGAGUCCCAGAGAUGAAUCUGUCCAGCAGAUUGUGAACCACAUUCAUGUUUUAUCAUCACCUUCAGUCAUAAUCAACACUGGGUUUCUGUUGCAAUAACUGUGUUUUGUAAAAUGACAAAAUCCAUCUAAUUUGUAAACUCUUUCUUUUCUCCAUCCCUUUAUAUUAUAUGUGUCAUGCAAGGUUAUUCAUUUUGAAUUCAGUUUUAAUUUCUAUUUCAUUUUCCAUUUGUCUAGUUAGUUCAGAUUCCAUUAAUAUUCACUAUAAUUAUUGGUUUUAGUUCAGUUAUUUUUAUUUAUUUUUAGAGUGACAUUUUAAUGAGUUUUUAUUUUAUUUUAGUCAGUUUUGGAGAUGUAUGUUAGAUUAUGAGUCUUUUCAUUAUGUUUUGAUGAUUUUUGUGUUCUUUCGUUGUUGUUUGUUGGUGUCUUCUGGGUGUUCAGCUGCCGGUUCUUUUAAACGCCUCUUCCUCUUAACAGAGAUGAGCUGCUGUGACUCCAGGCCGGUCGCACUGAUCCAGACUUCCUGUCAGCCGCCAGACCAACAUGUUUCUGAUGUUGUUCAAUCCAUUUAGACCGUAGCAGAAAUGUA